UCAAGAGACUCUCUCUCUCUCUCUUUCUCGUCCUCUCCCUCUCCCUCUCCCACACUUUAUUUUUUCCGUUAUUCUCAUUCUCUCUCGCUCUCUCAUCCUCUCUUUCUCGAGGACUGUGUCUUUGCCUUUAUUCCGACCGACCGAACCGUGUUCCCGCCGCUCAUGUCAUCUCUCCUUUUUCUCCCUUCGGCUUUCUUUAUUCCCUUCUCUCCGCGCCAUAAAGUAGAGGUUCUCAACCAGCGCAGAAAUGCGAAGCUCCACUAGUACGCUCUAGAACACCCUCUGCGCUCCACCAUCUGUCGUUUCUAGGGGACGUGCCUGCGAUCGGUGGCGGAGGGGCAUAUUGAUUUAUUCUUCACGGUAACCCCUUCCACGUAUAGAAACGUUCUUGCUUUCCCCUCCGCGUACAUGUACACGGCCGAAUCUGGUAUAUGCGCACGCACACAUAGCGUGGGGUUACUAGCGGGGUAGCCGCCCGUCUCCCUCUCUCUCAAUUUCUCGAGCAGCAAUCGUGACGAUCAAUACACGCUCGUUCCUUUCUCAUUCCGGAUGCUGUCGCCACCCCUGCUGAAUAUAGUGCUAAAUUUUGUGCAUGUUUCACUUGAUUAAAAUCAAUCAAAAUACAAUAUUUAUGUAAAAGAGAUGAUAAUAACCGAUAAAAAUAAAUCAACAGGUCUUUGGUGACGACUCAGGUAGAUAAAUCGCCUUUAAGGUCAACAAAGAAAAAAGGUUUAUUGUUCUGCGGACGUUGGGAAACCGUUACCGACCCUUAAAAUGGAAGGAAAUGGAACGAGAAUGGACUACGAGGAUAUGUUUAGAGAAAUUACAAAGAAACUUUAUGGCGAAGAUCCCGAUCACAGAACGUCGAGCGUACAGAACGAGUUUGAAGCCUCAGUUUCCUAUAAAAAUGACGACGAUACCGAGAAUGGUACCGAAGGUAGUGAUGAAGGGAACUGGACAUACGAAGACGAAGCACUUAAGGGAACCGAUGGAAGUCGAAUCGCGGCUUACCAUGCUGGAAAAGCCAUAUGGCGAUGUGACGAAUGUGGAGAUAUCAUAACGAGUGGUCCACGAGAAGUUGCCGAACACUUUAUUGAACAUCACUCAUCGAGAAUCUUAGUCGAUGGCAGUAGGAAUAGGCAUCAUUCACCACGAAAAGAUUAUUUACAAACGGAUUUUAAAGUGGAGGAUAUAGUGAUAUAUUUAGAAAGACUUCGUGAACGCGCCGAAAGAGCAGCUCCUCCUUCUCGAAGAACACAAGAAACACAAACUGUACCUGCGGCUUUACUGCCGGUUACAUCGAGCUUCCUUUUGCAAGAACUGCCAUCCGCGCCUACGCCACAACAUUUGCAACAGAACACAACUACAUUGUCUACUCCAGUUGCGGCAACUACGAACAAUUUAAAACGUUAUGUUUGUCAAUACUGUCCUUAUGGUACGGACAGACGAGACCUUUUUACACGACAUGAAAAUAUCCAUCGUGAAGAAAAACCGUUUCAUUGCUACAUGUGCUAUAAAGCGUUUAAUCGUGCGGAUCACGUGAAGAAGCAUUUCACGAGGAUGCACCGUGAUCAUCCAUACGACUUAUCGAGGAUACGAAGACCGGCGGGAACAACCGCUCCCAAGCCAUUGCAACAAGACUCGACGGCAGCAACGCCGACGACUGUCAACGUCAGCCAACAGCAACCUCAACAGCAACACAUGAGCAAUCAAUUCGGUUUCGCUAGCAAUAAGGGCUAUCAGCUGCAGCCAAACGCUGCUACAUCUGCUGGUACUGGUACUGGAACUACCAGCAUUCAUCAAGCGAUUAUUAUGCCUUCUCCGGCUGGCAUAGCGCAAUCUGAUGCAAACAAUUGCAAUACAGGCAGGCGAGUACAAAACGGCGGAUGCAAUAGCAAAAGUCAUCUUAAGGGCGGUUCCAAGACGCAAGAACGAAGGUACACUUGCGUAUACUGUCCAUGGACCGGAGUUGACAAUUGGUGCUUAAAGCGGCAUCUGAAUACGCAUACAAAACCAUUUGGAUGCAGCUUGUGUGAGUACAAAGCAGCACGCGCUGAGAGGCUGGCAACGCACGUUCUAAAGGUACACAACAGGAGACAAUGUUCGAGAUGUUCGUUUCUUGGAGAAGACGCGAAUCAAUUGCAAUUACAUCAGGUGCACGCUCAUCGCACUAGUGUGCCAUCAACAUCAACGGCUCAGAGUAUUCCACCACCGAGUAAUCGUCAUCAGCAACCUUUGCAUCCCGUGGGAGGAGGACGACCGCCACCUGGGCCACCAGUUUUUCCAGCACCGGCUCCAGCAAUUGCACCUGCUACCACUGUGAUACCACCAAGUACUAUACUCGGUUGGCAGUCACUAUUGACGUCACAGGAAGCUAGCCGACUUUCGGAACCAUCAUCAUCACAGGUUUUGGAAACGUCAUCCGUGAACGGGCCGAAUGGGAAGGAAAAUCAUCAGAAGUUGGCAGAAAGACGAUCUCGGAAGCAAAGUCAACCAAGACAAGUGAUAUGGCAUCGAGAUCAUAGAAAACGAUACUUAAUUCCAGCCUUAGGAUCAGUAAAUGUAAGAAUUCAAAAAUUCAAAAUUAAAAGUAAAAAUUUUCAAAGAUCAGCUUCACAGAGAAUGUUCAAGUGUCAUUUAUGCCCGAAACAUGCGCCGGCACGAGGAAAGACUCAUCGGCCAUAUCAUAGUAGGGCUUCUUUGACACUUCAUAUAUUAUGGAGACAUAAACGAGGAUCUUGGUCGGCCAAGAAUCAAUUAUCAAAAAGUUCGGCACCGACCACCUCCUCGAUUACACUUAAAGCAACGUUUUUCACUAAUCCGAAUUAUAGAUAUAAUAGAUAACAGCGAACGAAGCUGGAAAUGAUUAAGAAUGUAAAAUAUACUUUUUAAUUAAUUGUAAGUGUUCAAGUUAUAUUUAGAUAAAUCAUAAUUUUUCAUAAAAGAAAACUUGACAAAGGUUAGUUUUUAUUUGACCGAGAGAAUUUAAAUUUUGACAUAUUUUUCGUAGUUUUUUUGCUAAGUCUUCUCAUUAAAGAACAUUUAUGUAAAAAUUUAUGAUUUAGAUGUUUUCUCAAAAAUAUGUUAAUUUAUUGCAAAAAUAAAUUUUGUCCUGUAUAAGUUCAAUAAUAAUUUUUCAAAUAAAUAAUCGUUUUUCUUUUGAUCUCAAUGUAAUAUAAGUCUCUAUUGAAAGUAUUUUAACAUAAGAAUGUAAAUAAUUUUUUUCAUAAUAGUAUUAACUGUUUAAUAUUAGAUAAGAUAUGUAGAUUAAUUAUAAAUGUUAUGUAAAUGAUUUUUUCUUAAGAUUUAAAAGUACACGAGACUUGUACUUUUUAUGUAAAAUUAUACAAAUGAGAUAACAUUUUUGAUAA